AUGCCCCUCGCAUCAAAAUCGUCCCCUAAACCACCCCCCUUCGCCCCUCCGAAUAUCCCCUUUCCGGAUCACUGGUCCCGGCUUGCAGUUGGUGGGUUCAUCGGGCUCGCCUGCAGUGGGUCUGACGUUUCUCACUCGGUAGCCAGGCUCGUCACCGCCAUUUCAGUGCCCCGCAAGGAGCCGUCGAAGUACGAAGCGGAGCUGGAACUGUUUGAGGACUGCCGGUCGGUCGACCCCGCCAAAAGCGUCCUUUUGCAGUCCGCAUCCUCGGAGCUUCCCGCCAACAUUGCCCUCCUCAUGCAAAGCUGCCCAUUGCAGAUGAACGCGCGGGGGCCCCACGACUGUAUCAGUAUCCGAACCAUGGACUCGACGCAGGUACAAAGGCCUUCGUCAUCGAGCCUAUUCCAGGUAUUCUUGAGGCUUCGGCCGCCACACCACUCGACCGGGACGUCAAACUCGGAGCGGUUUCUUACUGUUGAGCCCUCCGAAUCCGAGGCUCCUCCGACGCACAUCACACUUAAUCCGCCCAACGACCGCCGCAGGGCAAUCGAGAAGUUUGCAUUCACCCAGGUCUUCGAGGAGGAGGCCACGCAGCUCGAUAUUUUCCACUGCACUGGCGUAGCCCCGCUAAUUGAAGGAGUUGUCGCACCUCAUGGCGGGUACGGCACCGACGCGCUGGUUGCCACUCUUGGUGUCACCGGCUCCGGCAAGUCACACACGAUUCUCGGAUCUCGAACCCAACGGGGACUUACCCAGCUCUCCCUCGACGUCAUCUUCCGGUCUCUCGGAAACAACUUGGUCGACCCCAACACGUCGACCUCCCUCGAAGCGACAUUGCAAGCUUCAGAUACAUCUGAAGCAUCCAUCGCAUGCGCCUCGUCCUAUCUAGAGACCAUCUUCUCCGAUCCCCUUGCGCAGUCUACUCGGGGAGGCUCCCGUGCCGCCACCCCCAUGCUUGUAGGAACCCCUUUCCCUCUCCAGCUCGUGUUGAACAUGCCCGAUGGCAGUCCGAAAAGUAUUCGGAUGGUAGAGCGAACUCCUAUCCGGACGUUUCAUUCUCCGAGGAGCCCUAGUCGGGACUCCUUGCUUUACGCAGCAACUCCUACCCCAAAACAGGCGGCAGCCGGACGUCACUACAUGACUCUCACGGCCUCUACCCGCGUAAAGAAAGUUGUCAAGAUUGCUAAAACUGAAGAAAAGGGCGAGCAUUUUGCACCAUCGAUGACCCCUCGACGACCCAUGCAGCUUCCCUCGACACCUUUGGUUCCCGACGUGAGCGGUGUCAACAUUUCGUCGGACCCAUCCUGCGAGUACGCUGUCGUCAUGUCCAUGUAUGAAGUGUACAACGACCGAAUCUUCGAUCUCCUUACCCCCGCGAUCAAGUCGAACGCGACCAAAGAAUACCGUCGCCGACCGCUAAUGUUCAAAUCUACCGAGGCCUCGCCGGACCGAAAAGUUGUUGCGGGCCUCAGAAAGGUCGCGUGCGGUUCUCUUCACGAGGCGCUCAUGGUAUUAGAAGCCGGACUCCACGAGCGACGCGUUGCCGGCACCGGCAGCAAUAGCGUGUCGUCUCGUAGUCACGGCUUCAUCUGCGUCGAGGUGAAGAAGAGGCAACGUAGCUCAAGGCGGCAAUACCCUUGGGGUGGAAAUGCUUUGACUAUAGUCGAUUUGGCAGGUAGUGAAAGAGCUCGUGACGCAAAGACGCAGGGAGCCACGCUCGCAGAGGCGGGAAAGAUUAACGAGAGCCUCAUGUACCUCGGCCAGUGUCUGCAGAUGCAGAGCGACUACGGCAGCUCCAGCAAGCCAAACAUUGUUCCUUUCCGCCAGUGCAAGCUUACCGAACUACUCUUCUCCAACUCCUUCCCCUCCGCUUCGUCACAGGCUCAAGGACACCGCCGAAACCCCCAGAAAGCGGUUAUGAUUGUUACGGCAGAUCCCCUCGGUGACUUUAAUGCCACCUCUCAGAUCCUUCGCUAUAGCGCGCUAGCCCGCGAAGUCACCGUCCCCCGCAUCCCGAGCAUAUUCGCGAAUGCCGCCGCACCUCCUCCCGACGCCCGCCAGCCUCUAUCACCCAAUCUAGGCUCACACCACCGGCCCGCGUUCUUUGGCGGGCCCGGCUCGGGGUCCGGAUCCCACCGGAACAUCUCGCCGGCAAGCUCCCAUCCGGAUGGCGACCGGGCGACGAUGGAACUUGCGGCGCUGGAGAUUGCCCGCCUCACGGAAGAAAUUGACAUCCUGCGGAGCGAGGUAUCGCGGGAGAGCGACGGCCGUCUCGCCGCGGAGGCCCAUCUUUUGAGCAUGGAAGACCGCAUGCUGGAGCUGGAGCAGGUCAUUCGCGAGGAUUGCGUCGCCGAGUUUGAGAAGCGACUCGCGCUCGAAAUGGCGCGUUGGAAGGCGAGCCUGCAGCUCGAGCUAGAACGUGGCGAGGAGCACUGGGACCGCAAGGUCGAGCUCCUCGAGCGCGGGCUCGUCGGCACCGAAGCCGACGAGGAGGAUAAGGAAAACGUCCUCGUCGAGGAUCUUGAGCAGGAGAACGAGCGCUUGCGCCGAGAGAUUGCCGUCCUCAAGAGAGAGCUCAAUGGGAGGAGCCCGAGCAAGCGUGUGCCCCUGCAAGAGAGGGAUGAUGUUCCGCAGUCGGGCGAAUCCCACGAGCGGGAGGCCGGUGUGGAGCGCCUGGGUGCGAGGAUGGAGAAGCUCCGCGUUAGCAACGAGAGCACGGCUAGCGCCGCGUCGAGGAGUUCUCGGAGCGCAAGCCCUACGAAGAAGGUGAGGAGACUGGUGGCCAAGAAGUGGGAGGACGCACCGGAGGCGGCGAUCUAA